ACUUUGCGUAACGAUGGGCGCCACGUCGAGCGUCCAGGCGUGAGUUUUGGACUUCGUUGGCGCCGACACUCCAUGGCGGAAUGGACAAGCCCAGGUGGCGGCUCCAUGAAUGCACGACUGCAACCCUUGCUGGCCUCGUGCCAUGAACUGGGACAUUGCCAGUGGAUGCACGGCACGAUAACGUCAAGGAAGGGCAAGCUCUUUCAUUGAAAAGACCCGCUAGCUCUACUUGACGAACUGCGGCUGGGUCGUGUACUCGGUCGACGUGUCGGACGGUGUUGUGGGCUGUCUCCAGUACGGAUGGUACGUUGGCAUGUUGCCAACUGCAUCUUCCUCUUCGGAAAAGAACGCCGUGGGUCGCGUGAUAUGGUCCGAAUUCCUGGGGAGGUACCGCCGAUGAUGCGCAUGGGACCCUUCCACGUGGUGGUGCUCUUGUGGAGCGAACAAGUACUCGGACGACGACAACCGCGCAUUCAAGAUGUAGUCGGCGGCACCGUCCUGGAUGUGCAGUCGACGGGGCGACGGAUCCAACGCGGCGCUGCUACGGAGGUACCGGCGAGAGCUCUCCUCCGACAUGCGAACGCCAUGGUGGAAGCUGAAGCUGUGCUGUGGCAAUGAAGAAGGGCGCCCGUGUGCAUCCAGGUGCGACCGCGGCGUGGGGUGGUGGCGACCGCUCACGCUGCGCCCGUGGACGAACGAUCGUGGCAAUGUGUUGGCGACAAACGUGGCGCGAUGUAGCUCGACUUCGAGCUGUCGCAGUCGUGUUCGUGUAUACCAGCACCACGAGACGAGGCCAAUGACAAGAACUGCUGCGCCGACGCCAAGACCAACGUACAGCGCUGUGUGAGAAACGCUGGACGGGGGCGAGUCGUCAUCUCGAUGGACUGUUUGGGUGAUUGUGAUGGAUGUGAAGAGCGCAAUGUCAAGUCGGUUGGCCGUGAUCGUGGACUGUGAAGCGGGCAGCGUUGUCGAAGCGAAGACAAUGUACUUGCCAGGAGCCGACGGCAUUUCCACGGUGCUGGAAAACGAAACAUACUGUUGCUGGAACGACUGGGCAAAGAUUGGCGACGACAGCGGCUUGGCAGCGCUGCGGAAUGGCAAGCACGUGUCGUCACCGUUGUUGGUGUCGGUCGGACAGUAAAACAGUUGCGACGUCGUGACGUUCUGUGUGAUAUUGUUCAGCGCGAACGGCGCCCAAGACGUCGAAGCGGACGGAUCGAGCAUCAGCAUCGCCCAUGAGAUCGUGGGUGUAGCACCUGCGGCGUACGUUCGAUUCAAGUUGAACGACACCGACACAGGGCACGUGACACCAUUCCCCAUCCCCAACGCACCGAACGAUGCCGCGUCCACCUGCGCAGCAGUGGUUGACGCAUUCGACGCCCAGCAGUACGUAGUCGCACCGUCCGGCAGGAUCCCGCCCCGUGCAGCCGCCAUACUCAGCUCGCUGGUAAUGGAGGGAUGGCGCACUUCGUCGUUCGCUUCGUAAACCUGGUCAUGGGAAAUGCCGUAUUCGUUAUCUCCGAAAAUAAUAUACAAUGC